UUUGUAACUUUUUUAGGGAACACAAUUUAUGACAAAUUGCCUAUAGCAUUCGUUCUCCUAUGUUUCUACCUCCGCCGUAAAACAGUCAACGAUUCAUUCACGAUUUAAACUCUAUUAGUUUGUACGAUAUUUAUAAAAUAUUGUUUUAAAUUAACAUAUACGAUUUUAAAAAAUGUCUUUUCAUCGUGGAACGUCGGCACCAACAAGAUCUGGAAGAGGAAAUAAACAAAGUCAAUCAAAUGCAUCGAUGUCGACUUCAAGAAAUAAUGAAGGACCAGGGGAAAGACCUAGAGGGCAUCCCUCAUGGCUGAAAGGAAAACAAAUUGGUUUAUAUUAUAGGGAUCAACACAAAAAAAAAGAACCAAAAAGUAUUUUUUUCAGAGUUAAUAAAACCGUAGGAGAAGCAAUGAGAUUAGCCAUAGAAAAUUCGAAAGGACUGUACAAUAAAUUGUGCAAUAAUGAAGACAAACAGGAUGUUACAAACAACAGUGAUUUAGAAAGCAAAUAUACUCACAUUGAUGACUCUAGAUUUAAACAAAAGUUCUUAGAACUUCUGUCCGGUAAUAUACAAGAUAAUAUUGUCAAAGCAAUGUCCAUUAAAUCUGGACUGGAAAGGGAUCCUGUCACUGACAAAAUUCUGUUUGAAGAAUUUAACAAAAAAAAGAAUAGUAAUGAGUAUGUAGCUAUGCAAGCUUUUAGAAAAAAAUUACCAUCGUAUGAUAAGAAAGCGGAGAUCUUAGAUUUAAUUAAAAAUAAUCCAGUUAUUGUAAUUAGCGGGGAAACUGGUUGUGGUAAGACGACACAAGUUGGACAAUUUAUACUGGAUAACGAAUUAGAAAAUAAGAAUGGCAGCAUUACCCGAAUUAUUUGUACGGAACCUAGAAGAAUAUCUGCGAUAUCUGUUGCUGAAAGAGUAGCUGCAGAGAGAGCAGAGAAACUUGGCAGAUCUGUGGGCUUUCAAAUAAGACUCGAAAAGAAAUCACCUAGGGAAUGUGGAAGUAUAUUAUUUUGUACUACCGGUAUGCUUUUGCAAUUUAUGCAGUCCGAUCCAGCAUUGAAAAGAUUUUCGCAUAUAAUAUUAGAUGAGGUUCACGAACGCAGUACAGAAAGUGAUUUUAUUAUUACUUUAUUAAGGAAAAUAAUUCCUGUUAGACCAGAUUUAAAAGUGAUUUUAAUGAGUGCAACACUUAAUUCCCAAAGAUUUUCCGAUUAUUACAGUAAUUGUCCGAUAAUUCAUAUACCAGGGUUCACUUAUCCCGUAGAAGAAUAUUAUUUAGAAGAUAUAUUAUUAUUAACAGAUUUUCGUUUCGAAGAAAAUCAAUUUUCAUUAAAAGAACUUAGUUAUAAAAGACAUCAGAAGAAAUUUAAGGAACAGAACGAUAAAUAUUGUAAAUAUCGAGAAAUGAUAAAUUCCUAUUUAGAAACUCUUACAGUAGAAAAACAAUAUCCUAUGAGUGUCAUAAACCAAUUACACAAUCCAAACUGUGAAAAUUUAUCUUUAGAACUUAUAGAAGAAUUGAUUAGACAUAUAUGUAAAACUAAAGAGCCAGGAGCUAUUCUAGUAUUUUUACCCGGUAUGAUGGAUAUCAUUAACUUAAAUAAACUUAUGUUGAAUUCCCAAUAUUAUCCGACUAAUCAAUAUAUUAUUUAUCCACUUCACUCUCGUAUGCCAACAAUCGAUCAGAAGCUUGUAUUUAAAGAACCACCACUUGGGGUACGUAAAAUAAUCAUCGCUACAUCGAUUGCUGAAACAUCCAUAACGAUAGAAGAUGUGGUAUAUGUCAUCGAUUGUGGAAAAACAAAGCUUUCCAGAUUCGAUGUAAAUCGAAAUAUCGAAACGUUAGAGCCCGAAUGGGUUUCUAAGGCUAAUGCAAAACAGCGACGAGGUCGCGCUGGAAGAGUUAAAAAGGGAUAUUGUUAUCAUCUGUACAGUAAAGCAAGAGAACUAACAUUUGAUGAUUACCAAUUACCCGAAAUGUUACGCACGCGAUUAGAAACAGUUAUAUUGCAGAUUAAAAUUUUACAAUUAGGAAAAGCGAAGGAAUUUCUUGCUAGCGUUAUGGAUCCACCUAAUUUGAAAGCCAUUGAUUUAUCACUUGAAUUAUUGGAAACAUUAAAUGCUUUAGACAACGACGAACAUUUGACACCUCUUGGAUAUCAUUUGGCACAACUUCCUCUUGAUCCUAGGACUGGUAAAAUGAUUAUAUGGGCAGCACUGUUUUCUUGCGUAGAUCCUGUAUUUUCUAUAGCAGCCAGUCUUACUUUCAAAGAUGCCUUUUAUUGUCCUUUGGGAAAAGAAGAGAAAGCAAUGAACAAAAAAUUAGAACUCAGUAUGUGGCAAUACAGCGAUCAUAUUGCUUUAGCCGAAGCUCUCAGAAGAUUCGAAAUUAAUAACAGCUUUGGUUUUUGUUAUCAAUACUUUUUGUCUUACAAUACUUUAAGUCUUCUUUCCGAAAUGAAACGUCAAUUUGCUCAGCACUUGUGUGAAAUGAAAUUUUUAAAUAGCGUUGAUCCAUUGGCUCAAGAUGCCAAUAGAAAUUCUAAUAAUAUAGCGUUGAUCAAAGCUAUAGUUUGUGUAGGAUUAUAUCCAAAUAUAGCAACCAUCGACAAUGGUGUCUUUAAAGGAAUUCAUAAGCAUGGUGUAAAUGCUUUGACACUCGAAGAUGGUCUUGUCAAAGUACACCCCUCAAGCGUUAAUAGUAAAAUGAAGGUUUUUCCAAGCCCCUUUUUGACAUAUUUUACAAAGCAACGAUCUACCGCUAUUUAUUUACACGACACGUCCUGCAUCACAGCUCCGAUAUUAUUAUUUGCAGGAUCAGAUCCAUUUCUUUUUGCAGGAAGGGAUAAAUACACAAUAAAGUUAAACGGUUAUCCAAAUUUUUCAUGCGAUGCGAGAACUGCCACACUUAUACAGGAUCUUCGAACGAUAUUAAAUAAUUUAUUAGAAUAUAAAAUUUCUCAUCCUGGUACAGUAAAUUGGGAUAAUCAAGAGGGACAGAUACUUAACGCUCUUAUCCAAUUUGUAUCACAAUCAGACGAAGAAAUGGGUUUUCACUGGAAUUGACCAGUUAAAAAAAGGUAAAUGAA